CUGCAUUUGGUGUCUUUGUCUCCUUCACUCUCUCUCUCUUCCUCCUCUCUCUCUCUCUUUCUUCUUCUUCCUUUCUUCCUUCCCUUUCUCUGCACUCAAAUCCCCAGCCACACAAGUAAUCUUAGGGUUCUAAGCUCCUUUUUCCAAUAAAUAUUUCCAUUUUCUCCCCCCACUAGUCUAAACAAAUAUAUAAAAUCUUUUUAAAAGAAUUUUUUUUGGUUGGGUUUUUAAUUUCUUGAUGUUGUUGGCAUGGCGGGUUUAGAUUUAAGCGCUGCGUCUUAUGUUCAUCACCAGCUUCACCACCCAGACUUCAACCUGCCGGAAAGUAAAGAUGACGGCGACUGCGGCGGCGGCGGCGGAGGAGGAGGGGGAGAUAUUGUGGCGCGGCGGCCGAGGGGGAGGCCGGCGGGGUCGAAGAAUAAGCCGAAGCCGCCGGUGAUAAUCACGCGCGAGAGCGCGAAUACGCUUCGAGCGCACAUCUUGGAGGUGGCGAGUGGGUGCGACGUGUUCGAGUGCGUGGCGGCGUAUGCGCGGCGGCGGCAGCGCGGGAUCUGCGUGCUUAGCGGCAGCGGGACGGUGACGAACGUGACGAUCCGGCAGCCCACGGCGGCGGGGUCGGUGGUAACUUUGCAUGGAAGGUUUGAGAUUCUGUCGCUCUCAGGCUCGUUUUUGCCGCCGCCGGCCCCGCCCGGGGCCACCAGCCUGACUAUUUUCCUCGCCGGCGGGCAAGGACAGGUGGUGGGCGGGAGCGUGGUGGGCGAGCUCACGGCGGCCGGCCCGGUCAUCGUUAUCGGUGCCUCCUUCACCAAUGUUGCCUACGAAAGACUGCCGUUAGAGGAGGACGAAACCCCUAGUGCCGACGACGGCGCCGCCGCCGCCGGCGGCGGCGGCGGAGGUGCCGUCUAUAACAACCCAUUUCCGGACCCGUCCACCGGCCUUCCCUUCUUCAAUCUCCCUAUGCCUAACAUGCCACCCUUCGGAGUGUAACGAACAAAUAACCGUUGACCGUUACCCUCCAUAACGGCGAAGAUCAGAACCUCCGGCGAGAAAUAGGAAUCUCACUAUCUCAGCUACAAUAUUCAUAUCUUCAGGUCAGAAAGUUCAUCAGUACGUGCACAAUAUUUAUCAUCUUCCCUCUCUCUCUUUUUUCAUUCUUUUGGGUUUUUUGUAACUGUUUUGUGUUUGGGUUUUGUAACUGUUUCAACUUCUGGAAAUAGUGGUAGCUGCAGUGUUCUUUAUGGGACUUUCUCUUUAAGGAAAUGGUUUGAACAUUAUUGAACUCCAAAUGGAAAUGCUACUGUACAUUAUUCAAUUUCCA